GUAUGACUACUCGUUGUGUUCAUUUAGAUUUAAUUGAAAAUUUAGACACUGAUGCAUUUCUCAUGGCUUUCCGUCGGUUUGUGUCAAGAAGAGGCCAGCCUGCUGAACUUCUGUCUGACAGAGGUACAAAUUUUCGAGGAGGAGAAGCUGAGUUAAAGGAAGCUAUUACUGCCAUGGCACCUUCCUUGCAGGAGCAACUUGCUAAGCAACAAGUGAAAUUUCAGUUCAACCCACCAAGUAGUCCACAUUUUGGAGGGACCUGGGAACGGGAAAUCAGGUCAGUGAAGAGUGCCUUACGAGUAGUUCUUGGAACCAAUGUUGUGACUGAGGCCGUAUUAGCUACCGUUCUUAUAGAAGUUGAAGGUAUUUUGAACUCCAAACCCUUGGGUUAUGUAUCCUCAGAUGUGGCAGAUCCUGACCCAAUAACACCGAAUCUGUUGCUCAUGGGGCGGCGAGAUGCUUCACUACCACAGGUAGUUUACCCUCCAGAUGAUUUGCUGGGACGACGGCGAUGGCGUCACAGUCAGAUUUUAGCUGAUCACUUCUGGAGUAAUUUUGUCAAGAAUUACUUACCUGGUCUACAGCUCCGUCAGAAAUGGCAGACUGAAUGUGAUGAGUUGAAGGUUGGAGAGGUAGUCAUGAUUAUUGACGCGCAACUCCCAAGAGCAUCAUGGCAAAGCGGUACAAUCAUUGAAACCUACCCAGGACCUGAUGGUCGCAUACGUACAGUUAAGAUUCAGGUGAAGGAUCGAGUGUAUGUCCGACCCACAGUAAAAUUAGUCAGGCUUCCAGCUGUUGAAGACUGUGAUGGAUAUAGACCAGAUGGGUGAUGGUGACUUUCUUCUUGAAGUACAAAUUUGUGCUAACAAAUUUGGGGGAGGCUAUGUCAGAAAGUCCAUUGUCAGGUUGAAUUGCGACCUCUAAUGGCAAUAUAUUAGAAACACUUGUAAAACUUUUCUUACAUAUUUCCGGGUGAAAGUUCAGGCUUUGCACGUCUUUUGUUCCUUUGUUUACUUGCUGCACGUUGUGAGAAUAGUUUGUCCUUUUCUCUUAUCAAUUGAGCCAUUAAUGCUGUGCGUCCUUGCGGAAAUGUAAGUUUAUCAUAGAUAAUUUUAUAUAAAGAGGUUCAAAUGUUUGUUAAUCUUACACGUUCAGAGUAUUUAAAAUGUGUACUUGUACGUAACAUUGUAACUUAGUGUAUGUAUUUGAUUUGUUUACAGACCACAGCAACAGGAAUUAAAGUACUUUCAGAGUUCAGAUUGUGUUUGAGAUUAAUCCUUAUCUCGAUAUUGGAAAGGGGAGUUUACAAACAAAGUUGUAUCACCGUGGAGUCCAUAGCGGCACCUCCCGUGACCAGACAUCUGAUCGUGUCUACAGUCGUUUGGACUUUAUCUCACCUGCAUUUCUUAUACCAGCCUGUCGUACCGAGACCAGCUCUCAUUUUUAGUACCUAUGUUUUUAAAAACUUUUUUUGGGAUCUGGAUGUGUUAUAUUGUUAUGUUAGUUGAGUUUUUAUUUUCCCUUUAAUUGUCUACCAUUACAUUGGUUUUAUUCUUAAUUAGGGGUAUUGUUGAGAAAAUCAUAUCAUGGGUAGAAAAAACAGCGACAGACAUCAAGAAUCUUCCAAGACAAUCUGGAGUAAUUGACUGUGGAUCUUUAUGCUGAUGGCAUGGAAAAGUGUUUGCCAAGUAGACUGAAGAGGCCAAGGAACUUCUAAGUGGGGAUGCUGAACCUGUCUACUAUCAAAAUAGAAGACAGAAAGAAAUCACCCAGAUCAAAUAUGGGAAAACCUGCCUGACCUGACAUCACUUCCUGUUCCGGCACCCAGACUGACGUCACUUCCUGUUCCGGCACCCAGACUGACGUCACUUCUGGGUUACAAGAUAUAAAAAACUCUAUCUUGGCUAACUCGAGCAGUUCAGGGUGGAACUCAAAGAAGCAACAUUGCUGAAUCAAUAUAAUCCUUUUGCAGCUAGGAACAAUAUACGGGUGGCUGCCCCAAACCUUUUUAAGAGUGUUGAGACUUGUUCUUUUACAGUGGCGUAGUCGGCAGGAUGGCGUCCUGGUGGAAUAGGAAGCUGAACCAACAGUAUGUCUUAACACAUCAUCAUGGACCACCAAAACAUAUCAGGGGUAUUGUUGAGAAAAUCAUAUCGUGGGUAGAAAAAACAGCGACAGACAUCAAGAAUCUUCCAAGACAAUCUGGAGUAAUUGACUGUGGAUCUUUAUGCUGAUGGCAUGGAAAAGUGUUUGCCAAGUAGACUGAAGAGGCCAAGGAACUUCUAAGUGGGGAUGCUGAACCUGUCUACUAUCAAAAUAGAAGACAGAAAGAAAUCACCCAGCUAAGCGAGACGUACGGACCCGUGAUGACGGUGCACCUGGGUGGGCUGCGGGUCGUGGUUCUGGUCGGCUACGAGACGGUGGAAGAAGCGCUGGUGCAACACGCUGAGGCGUUCGCAGGUAGACCGAAGCUGCCACUGUUUCAUGCGGUAUCCAGCGGAUUCGGGUUGAUCAACUCCAAUGGAGACGACUGGAGAGAAGUACGCAGGUUUUCACUCACCACUCUGCGGGAUUUUGGUAUGGGAAAGCACAGCAUUGAAGAAUAUAUACAAGAAGAGGCUCAGCACCUGGUGGAAAAUCUACGAAAAACUAAAGGUUCACCCUGCGAUCCCACUGUUUUUCUGACUCCAGCUGUGUCAAAUAUUAUCUGCUCCAUCAUGUUUGGAAAACGCUUUGAAUACAGUGAUGAAAAUUUUGCCCACUUAUUGGAUAUCAUUAACAAAUUUACAUAUCUGUUCAGCUGCACUUCUGUGCAGAUGUACAACAUUUUUCCAAAACUCGUCAGUUUUGUGCCUGGACCCCUCAAAUCUACUUUGGACCUACAUGCUGAAUUUAUGCAAUUCCUUGCUAAAGUUGUAGAGGAACACCGAGAGACACUGUGUGCUGACAGCCCUCGAGAUUAUAUUGACAUGUUCCUCAUCAAAAUGAAGCAGGAAAUGAAUAAUCCUGAGACACCUUUUCACCACACUAACCUGUUGCAGUCCCUUUUGGAUCUCUUUCUGGCUGCUACAGAGACCACCAGAACCACACUGCAAUUUGCAUUGCUGAUUUUAAUUAAAUAUCCUCACAUUCAAGAGAAAAUUAAAAAAGAGAUUGACGAGGUAAUUGGCCAUCAGCGUUCACCUACCAUGGUGGACAGAAGGAAGAUGCCUUAUAUGUGUGCAGUUAUGCAUGAAAUCCAGCGGUUGGGUGAUCUGGUCCCAAUGUGUGUGCCACAUGCGACCACUGAGGACACCCACUUCAGAGGCUACGUGAUCCCAGAGGGUACCAUGGUGAUGCCAUUGCUGCACUCAGUCCUGCAUGACAAGAUACAUUUUAAGUCACCUUAUUCCUUUGAUCCUGGACACUUUCUGGAUGAUAAUGGAUGCUUUAAAAUGAAUCCUGCUUUCAUUCCAUUUUCCACAGGAAAACGAGUCUGUUUGGGUGAGGGCCUGGCACAGAUGGAGCUUUUCCUGUUCCUCAGCACCUUAUUGCAGAAUUUAUCUGUGAUGGCCACUGUUGAUCCUGAAAGUCUCAGUCUUCUUCCACGUGCAAGUUCUUUCAUAAAGGUCCCCCAGCAUUAUAAGAUACUGGUCAGUCCCCGUUAACAAAGACACUGAAUUGUACAAAUCAUAACUUUAUAUUCCCAUUUUCUAUACAUUAUUAAAGGUGUUUUCUUAAAAUGUGGAGGCAUGGUAUGAAAAUUGUAUUUGAAUCAAGUAGAUGAGAGACUUAGUACAAGUGUAAAGUGAAAAUCUGUUGUAACAAUGUUGUAAACAAGACAAAGAAGAAUUUGUUUACAUUGAUAAUCCAUCAUUUUUGGUGAUUGUGGUGGUGAUCUUAAUUGUAGGUUACCAGUGUGGUAUUAUGGUUACAGUGCUGGAUUAUAACCCAUUAGUUUGCUAAUGAAUUGAAUAGGUCUCUCAGAGUUCACAAUGUACAAAUAUAGAAAUGACCAUAACACCAAGUAAACAUGCAUUGAGGAAA